AUGGCCCCUGCCUACGAGCUUCGACCCGGGGGAGAUGUAAAAAACAAGAAGCAGAACAUGGCAGAAUUGAAACUGCGACGGCUAAAUGAGCUCAACGUACGAUUGAAAGAAGAUCUAGAAAGACCGCGCGUAAAGGUGUCUGAGGCGGCCAUGUCACUCAUCAACUACUGCAAUAACACACGGGAUUUUAUGGUGCCUUCGGUUUGGGGACAGAUUGACAAACGUGAAGAUCCAUACGCACCCCAACAAUCAGGUGGCUGCUGUAUGAUCAUGUAA